AUCUUAAUCUACGUAAUCAAAGUUUGUGGAACUAUUGUUACUUUCGCUUACUUUAAAUUUAAUCUUGUCAAGAACCCGAAGAAAUUUAAUUUCUAUUGGAUUAAUUUUUAUGAAGACUGUUAUAAAAUAAUUAGACAUGAAAGCUGCGUCUGAUCCAAAGGACAUCCAGGAAUUUCAAUUUAAACAGUCAAACACUUCCAAAAUUUUAGAUGCAUUCACAUCCACACCAACUGCAUGCAGUUUAUUGGCUGCAGAUAAAAAGAGGGGAUUGUUAUAUGCAGGACAAAAUAAUAAAAUAAUUAUAUUGAAACCAGGAGAAGACAGUGACCCAGAAUGGAAAAUAGAAUUUAAUGUGCCUCUAGUUGUGUCUAAACUAACACUUAAUUGUGAUUGUACCUAUCUAGCCGUGGCACAUGGACCUAUGGUUUUAAUUUAUGAUGCAGAAGCACUUACGAAAAAUAGUUUACAAUUACUACAUAAAGUUAAAAUUUCUACAUUAAGCGGAGAUAUACUUGUGUAUGAUCUACGAUGGAAUCCCGCUGUACCAAGGAUGUUGUGUACAAUAGCUAGUGAUUAUACAAUUGGUAGUUUUAAAAUAAAAGAAAAGAAAAAGGCUACAACCGAACUGGACACUUUCGAAUUGAAAGAAAAGUUGAACAAUGAACAUAUAAAUGCCUUAUGUGCAGCAUGGAGCCCUAAAGGAAAACAAAUUGUUGUGGGUUGUAAAAAUGGUAGUAUAGUACAACUUAAACCUGAUUUAAAAAUAGCAAGGACAAUACCUGGCCCCAAUCCAUACAUUGGUGAAGUUAUUAGUAUUUUAUGGGUUAGCAAUUAUCAAUUUUGUGCUGCUUAUUUGGGUAAUGAACAGGGGAUUAAUGUUCUUGUAAUUGAUGCCCCCAAAGGUGAAACAAAUGCUGUUUUCACUUGUUAUGAAGAUAUUACUUAUGGAAUAACAGAUUCAGAAGCAGAAGGAACAAUUCCUCGUUAUUACUUUGAUCAUGUACCAGAAUGGGGCUUAAUUAUUGCUGCUAGUAGCAAUAGCAGUGAAAUAGCUAUAUUAGGAUCUACAGAUAAAGGUGUUACUUGGAAUCAGUGGCAAUUGGUAGAUAGUGGCAGAGCUGAAUUACCAUUGAUUCACACCACAGAAAGCUAUCCAGUAGGUUUAGCUAUUGAUAAAUCUCCAGUUAGAAAAUUACCAUGGGGGGCAGAUUCUACUUUACCCCAUCCUGUUCCUAUACUUCACAUUCUUGCAACAUCUGGACAAUUAUGCAGCUUUCAUAUGGUGAAUCUAAGUCCCAAAUGUCCUUCUAUUAAUUCUCCACCUACAGAAAUUAUUGCAAUACCUCCGCAAACACAGUCAAACAUUAGUCCUGAAAAAUCUCUUAUUAUGAAUGGUGCUGCAACUAGUACACCACUAGUUAAGCAACCAGAAACUACUCUUGAACGUUCAAAACCUCUUUCUGCAGGGAAUAUUUUGAAUAAAUUUAUUCAAAAAUCUAGUUUUACAUUACCUCCAACUGAGAAACCACAGCAAGAGCAGAGACCUGAACAAAUCAGUAUGGGAAUGAAAUUGGAACCAACUAGAGAAAUUCAACCUCAAGAAAUUGCAAAACCGGAUAUUAAAUUAACGUCAAUUAGAGAAACAAUUAUACAAGAGUCUGUGGAACCAAAACCAUUUAUAGAUGAUGAUGCUAAAGAUAAUCAUGCAUAUAUAGAAGAACAUAAUUUGUUUGAGAAAGAAUUACGUAAAAGAUUAGAACCACAAACGUUAGACUAUGAUACAGAAGAAGAACGUCAAAAACUUGUGGACACAUCUAUUGUGAUAGAUCAGUUUUUACGGGAAUUGAAAGAAACAACAAAUAGUUUAUCUAGCGACAUAGCAUAUUUGAAAGCGCUAUUAUUACAAUCAUUUGCUUGGGUUGAAGAAACAAAAUCAAAAAAUGCAGCAACUAACGAUAUUACCACUAGAAAUUGUGGAGAUAACAAUAAAAUGUCUGACCUACAAAAACUUUAUUAUUACACUCAAACGCAGUUAACUCAAGCUAGUAAAAUUUUAGACUUAGAAUGGUCAAAUCAUAAAUCUCAAGAAACUACACGAAUGAAAAUACCUCAUUUAGAGUUUUUAUAUCAGAAUCUUAUAUUACAUAGUAAAAUUAUACAAGAAGAAAAAAGUAGAAUGGAACACCUUAAAAAGCGAUGGAAAUUAAUUACUCGUAAUAAUAGUAUUUUUGGAUUGAAUCAUUCAUUAUCUAAUUUAACUAUCACACCGUCAAAAUAUUCAACCAUUCUUCCAAGAAAUACAGGAAUCAUAGAAGCGCGAUGCAAGGCAAUUGCUUCUAAAACUUUGAGUUUUACUCAAGAAAAACAAAUUAAAUUGAGAGAACAUUUAUCUACUUCUACUCCAAGGAUUAUAAGACCUGUUAGUUCUUCAGAUAUUCAGGAUCGUUUGGAAGAGACUUUGUCCUCUUUAACCUCUCCAAAUACUACCAGCAUUAAUACAAAAAAUAAGGUUGAUCAAUCUGUUUCCAAACAAAAUACAAUUACUAAACAACAGAAUACAUAUAUUGAUCCUUUAGAUUCUAUGGCUAGCAUUGUAGCAGGAAUUGGUACAAGCGAAUGCACAAGUGAAUCUAACAAUAUAUCAAUACAAAACAAAAUACAAAGCAAACAACCUGGCUUUGGCAUUACUUUUCCUAUAUCUGGAAAUAAACCUGUACAAGCAGAGAAAAUAUCUAGUAUACCAACAACUACUGGGGGAUCUCAAAGUACUAAAGCAAAACAAGAUACUAUUACAUUAAAUCAAAUGCAAUUACAUGUUCCUGCUCAUACUUCAUCUAACUUAAUAAAAGCUUUUCCUAAGGUUGAUACUACUACAUUUGAUACACCAGUGCAAAAGUUAGAAGAAACAGCAGCACAAAAUCCAGCUAUCCAAUCAAUGUGGUUGCAUACUAUUAAAACGGAAAAUAACUUGUUUAAUGGUAGUUCAUUAAAAGAUGCAUUACCACCAGAGACUUCGUUAGAAAAGAUACAAAUUACUCCAAAUACCGGAGUGACAUUACCAGUGACAACAGCAGUAAAAACCAAAGCAGUAUCUACAUUUAGUUUUGCUACUCCAAUUACCAUCCCUGCACCAAUAAAGAGUACUACACAGAGUACAUUUGUUGUAUCACAAACAAUGAAUGCACAAACAAUUUCUUUUGCUUCGAAAUCACCAAACAUUAUUACUCCAUUUAAUUUAAAAAUGACAUCACCAGCGACAAAAUCUCAAACACAAGAUGUAUUAAGUUUAACAGGGUCAUUUACAGGACUUCAGACAUCUAAUCAAACACCUAGUAUAUCUACUAAUAAUAGUCCUAGUGCCGAUGGAAAAUAUAACUGCAAAGCUACGUUUGGAAGAUCUGAUGUUAAUCAAAUUCUUUCACCUAAUGAAAGUCAAAUUUCUGCACAACACAAUUCUGUUACAAUUGUAGAAGUACCUCAUACUGAAGCAACAACUUCUAGCCUUCCAACAAGUACUGUACAAGAUUUACUUGCAUCUUCUACUACACCUUUGUUCAACAUUCUGAACAGUACAUCAAAUGUUUCUGUAUUUGAAAAAAUGUCAAAUUCUACUCCAACUACUUCAUCCAUGCCACUAUUUGGUGGUUUCUUCACAACAUCAAGUACAACAGCAAAUACAAUGACAACAACUUCUGCUACCAUCUCUCCUUUUCAAAGUACUUUAUCAAGACCUUUUGAGAAAGCAACAACAACAACUACUACUACUAUUAUAACUGCUACUACUACCGCUACGUUACCUACACUUACAUUCGGAACUGUUGCAACAAGUACAGUUGCUCCAGUUUUUGGUAAACCUCCCCUUACAAUGAACUCACAGUUUCCAAGUACGCCAGUAGUUCCUCCAACAGAUAAUACGUUUGGAAAACCAGCUACUACUACACCUCUUUUUAAGCCUUUUGAAAAUGCUCAGAGCACAUUUAUGUUUGGCAAAACGACUAAAGUUUUAACGAACGAAGUUUCAAUCUUCAGCGGAACUAAUACUAAUUCGAUCUUUGGUGGAAACACUCAAGUAUCCUCAUCAGAUUCUAUUUUCGGAAGAAAUACUUCCUCGAUAAAUACGUUCGGAACACCUCAAACGUUCGUCUUUGAUAAUAAUGCCCAGAAAUCUGACUCAAUAUUUGGUUCCACAUCAAACACGGGUUCUACAUCCUUUUUUGGUGGUGCAACAAACAAUGUCACUCCAGCGUUAUCUUCAGCAAGAUCUCCAUCUGUAUUUGGCGGUACCGCAGCUAAUACGUCGCCAAUGGGUGUAGAACAGCUUGUAUUAGGUGCACAACCUAAUGCCUUUGGCCAAACACCUUCAUUUAAUGCUAAACCAGUAUUUGGAUCACCACCAACGUUUGGAGCACCAAAACCAGUCUUUGGCACCGGUUUUGCGACAACAGCAUUUGGAGUCAAUACUAGCCCUCCAGCAUUUGGAAAUCCACCUACUAUGGGAGGAAGUCCUGCUCCAAUUAAUAACAACAUGCCGAAAGUUUUUGGAAAUGUAAGUGGCGGUAGUAGCACAUUUGAAACUCUAGCGAGUCAAUCAGGUGGGCUUAGUUUCAGUAGCUUAGCACAAAAAACCACAGAUGUACCAAAAUCUCCAGUAUUUACGAGCGGGAGCUCUUUUUCCACUUGGCGGUAGUCAACAAAUAUCUAAAUUAAAUAAAUUAUCCAUAAUGAUACAUUUUUAUUAAAAAAAGAUAGACUUCUCGUGCUCUUUCAGUCUGUUUAAAUCGUGUAUUUACGAUUACUUUUUAUAAAAAAGAAAAAAAGAUCAAACAUAUUAGUAUUAAAAUAUUGUUGACAUCUGUGUUAUACAUAAGUUGAUAUGAUUCAAUAUAUUUCGAAUUUAUAUACAAUAAAAGAUUUUAUAAAACGA